AAUCAUAGUGUCACAUUUCACAUUUCACAUUUCACUUAUACAUAAAAUGUCGAGCCGAAGAUCAAGAUCAAGGCACGCUGGAUCCUCAAGGAUCACCGAUGAUCAAAUCAACGAUCUUGUCUCCAAACUGCAGCAACUCCUCCCCGAGAUGCACAAUAGGCGCUCAGACAAGAAGUCAGCAACCAAAGUGUUGCAGGAGACAUGCAACUACAUUAGAAGCUUGCACAGAGAAGUUGAUGACUUGAGUGAGAGGCUGUCUGAAUUGCUUGAAAAUGCAGACACAACUCAAGCUGAUCUUAUUAGAAGCUUAAUCAUGCAGUAGUUUUUAUUUUUUUCGAUUUUGAAUUUUACUAUUUCUUGCUGCAAUCAUCACUGUAUUUUGUUUCCGGAG